CACCAUUUAUAAGACCGGUACAGGUAAAGAGUUUCAGGUUACGUGGUCGACGGUGCAAGGUUUCGGACUUUGCGAAUUUCACUUUAGCACAGUCGAUCUAUCAUUUACAUGUUUUAUGGAAAAAAUCUACAGCAUUUAACCAACACCAAUCCGAUCUUAGCCGCCGUACAGUCGGUGAUCACAAAAGAAAGAGCCACUGUUCGGGUGAGGAAAAUCCACCCCUGAAAUUUGAAAACAUUAAACAUGGAACGAAGUGCCUAAGCAAAUUUCAACACAAGCAAGAUGUAACUGUCUAAAAAGAAAACCUUGUUAAGUAGUAGUUAGUCUCAGCGGAACUAAACUAAAUUGCCAGAUGGAGCCUCCCAAAUCGCGGGGGUCAAAUACUUCUGGUAUACCGCUGUUUGGAGAUGCAUCAAUGUCGAAGAAGAAACAAGUGGGUGACUACACGCUGACGCACAUCUUAGGACGGGGUUCUUUUGCCUCAGUCAGAUUGGGGACACACCUGCCUACCAAGGAAAAGGUGGCCGUGAAAGUGGUAGAAAAGGAUUCCCUGGAUAAGGUGGAAGCCCGCCACCCGGAAUUCAAGGGUCAAUGGAAAGAGACAGAGAUUCACCAAAGCCUAGAUCACCCCCACAUCGUCCGGUUGUAUGAGAUCUUGGAGACCAAAAGGAGUUUUUACCUUGUUCUAGAGCUGGUGGAAGGAGGAAGUCUCAUUGAUCAUUUAACAAAAAGAGGUCCACUCAGUGAGAAUGAAUGUCGACGUUAUAUGGUGCAAAUUGUCUCCGCCCUUCACCACAUCCACAGGGUCAACGUCGUUCACAGGGACCUUAAACUUGAGAACUUUUUAUUAGACAACAAUAACAACAUCAAGGUUAUAGAUUUUGGUUUGAGUGGAAUUUGGCAACAAGAUAACGUCUUCACACUCCCCUGUGGCUCGCCGGCUUAUGUGGCCCCAGAGAUCCUCGGCAAAAGACGGUACGGACCCGCAGUAGACCUUUGGAGCAUUGGUGUUUCGCUGUACGCUUUACUGACUGGUAAUUUCCCAUUUAACGUCAAGGGAUUAACCGACCCACUCGCAAUUCAUGAAAAGAUCUCAAAACGAUGUUUUAUUCCGCAAACACUUUCUGAAGCGUGCCAGGAUCUUCUUCGUAAAUUGCUGGAGCCAAACGUUAAGCGGCGUCUUACGUUAUCCGAGCUAAUGAACCAUCCUUGGCUUACCACGGACGCACCCCUUCUCUUAAUAACAACCCCAGCAAUCAACUACAACCAUAACAUUAUUAACUAUAUGGCAAAAACAUACAAAUGGACAGAGGGUCAGAUUUGCGAAGCCGUGAGAAUGAGGAAAACAAACGAUAUAUCAGCAACGUAUUUUCUACUAAUGAAAAAGUUGGAACGCCAAAGAAGCAAGUUUAAAAGCGUGUGCUCAGAGAAUCCGGACGCUGAAGUCGGCGUCACUGAGGAAGGAAACCGUCCUAAAAACCCUCAGGGACAGGAAGGUGGGAAGGGUAAAGCCAAGCCUUGUGAUCGUGAUAGUGAUUACCAUUCGGACGACGUGUGUUCUUCUUCCAAACCUGAAAACACAAAUCAGGAAAACGACGAAAUAAACGAGGCAGAUGAAGAAAAGCAUGAGGUACAGCCUCAGAGGUCCAGCCUUUCUGUCAUUCGAGGGGAAACACCCAACUCUUUAUUACCAGCUGUUUCAACUAUCGCUGGUUAUCCUAACUCGGAAAGAGAGGGAACUUUUAAACCUGCACCUGACCCCUCUCUUAACUCUAAGAGGUCAUCACAACUGUUACUAGGCAACUAUAGAGCCUGUUUGCUUAAAUUAAAAGAAUGUUCGAAAAAGAAACCGAUGCGGAGUUCAUUAAAAACGUCUCGCAGUGGAGAAGAGACCACUAGCCAUAAUAAAACCGGUUUCAAGUCAGUUAAUUGCUCAAAAUGGUUUCAACCCAGUGACUUUGGGUUAAGAAGGAGCGAACCCCCUACAGUGUACAUCGAAGCAGAGGGGGUAUCAGGGGUGUCUGCAACAAUGAAGGGGGCCGCCCAAAAUACGAAAGGAAAGGCCGUACGCUUCGAGCUUGGAAAGAAUUCCUCUAGUCAGGAACGACUGAAUUGUGCCGCUUCCCCCGAACGUUCUUUCCAAAAGUUUAUCUUGGACAAGUACGCAAAAGAUAAACAGAAGAAGAAGGAAUUUGAAGAUCCAGCUCUGUGGGAGAGACUGUGUGGGUCGAGACAAAGUCUCCAAAGUGACUGGCCGGGGAACCGCUCAGAGUCCGGAGACAGUACGGAAACCAAAGAGGAGUCCGGACAGAAUGCUGAGGGAGAUAAAUACGGUUACAACGUGAGGUUUAUAACACGAGAAUUGAAAAUUCCUCACCAAGAAUGUAUCCGUCGUGCCAAAGAACUAAUGAGAAGAAAUGCCGCUUCCAGCCCGUCCUCCCCACGAGUCCCGCCGAACUCAGCGCUAGGUGGGCGCAGGCACGCACCGCCAUCCCCCGAUGCCUUCUACGACAAGGAUCAAGAAGAGAUAUAUACUCCGUCUAUCCCCAAGGUUGUCAUUACAAAACUGUGCCAAAGCGUUACUCCAACGCAAAAUCCUACAAGUGCCAUCCCAGCUCUAUAUCCGAAGUCUCCCAACCUCACUGCGGAGAGGGCAUCCAUAUUCACUCCCGCGUCACCAUUACUUUCACCGUCUCCAGAAAUGCUCAAAGCCACCAAAAGGCUUAACUUCAAAACUGCCACUAAUCAAAAGUCACCUAGACAUGUUUGGUCUUUUGGCAAAAAAGAAAAUCAAGAAAUUAGUGCCAAUGCAGUACUACCAGCUGCGGAGACGAGGGACGCUCUUUGGAGUCCAACUGACAAGUGGAGAAGCAAAGAUAACAAAAUUACGCGAGAGAUCAAUAAAGUCCGAAAAUUGGGUUCUCUAUUUGUGAGCCCGCGGACUCUCCCCCAGGACCCGAGAUCACUGUCCCUGACACAGUUACGUCAAAAUGGUAUGAAGCAACUCAAGGAAAAGGUUACAAGUUGAACUGAGCUUCUACUGUGAGUGCACUCUCUGCUCUACCAGAAGGAGCUGGUUUCACGUUGCAAACAUGCCAUGUGUAGCCAUGCUAGAGCUUUAAGUUAAAGCAUCAGGACUAUCAUAAGUGCUUCAUAAUUAUAGUACACCUGCAGGUCAG